AUGCGGGCGAUUGCUCAGCUGAACAGCGACCGAGAUCCACCUGGAUGUCUUGCGCUGGACGUUAAAAAGAAAGACAGAGUGCAUGCGAUGACGACAUUUUGGUCAUCCUGUGCGCUCGGAGCGCUUUCUGAAGCCAAUCUUCGUAUCGCCUUUUGGGCCUCACCUCCCCUGAUCGUCUCUACAAUCCUGGAUGAUAUAUCAGAUGAUGACCGACUGGCGCGCCCGAUGAUCCCUUCGAGGAUCGCCUCGUGA